GAGCCUUCUUGAACCUUAUUAAUCCCCUGCUCAGAUAGGGGAAAAAUUAAUCGAAUGCUUUUUUUCCGAGCCUGUUAAUUGCAAUAUGUAUUGGUGAUUGAUCGUGUUAUAAUUCGUCGACACCCCAAAAAAAGGCGGGAAAGAGAGAGAAAAUAAAAUGGAAAGAGGAGAAGAAGAGAAAAGGAGGAAUGGAGAAGAAGAAGAAGAUCUGUACGGAGUGCUGGGAUUGAACAAGGAAUGCAGCGUGGCCGAACUCAGAUCUGCUUACAAGAAACUUGCCCUGAAAUGGCAUCCGGAUCGUUGUUCAGGGAGGGGGAACUCGAAGAGUGUGGAAGAGGCGAAGAAGAAAUUUCAAGCCAUUCAACAAGCCUAUUCUGUGCUAUCAGACACGAACAAAAGGUUUUUAUACGAUGUCGGAGUUUACGACUUUGACGAUGAAGAUGAUGAAAAUGGAAUGGGUGGUUUUCUUGAUGAAAUGGCUGCUAUGAUGAACGACAUGAAAUCCAGCGAAAAACCGGAGGGGGAGAGUUUCGAGGAAUUGCAGGUGAUGUUUGAGGAGAUGUUCCAGAGCAGCCCCGGAGGUUUCUUCGUCGAGACAAAAUCCUUUCCUUCUUCUUCUUCCUCAGCAUCAUCUUGCAACAACACCAGUAGUUAUUUCAAGAACAACAGCAACCAUAAUGUCUCAAACAAGAGAAGUUCUGCCGAUUUUUGCAUCGGGGGGGAGGCGGGUGGACACGGCAAGAAGGCCGGGAGGCGAGGAGCGGCCGGAAGAGGCACGGCAGAAAAUAGUUACUGUUAUUAACUUUGAUUGUUACUGUUUUUAAUUUAUUUAUUGGGAAUUAGUUCUCCUCUACACUUAUUAUGUAAAACAUAUAUUAUUGGAAAUUAGUCGACAUGAAUGCUUUUUAUUCUUAGAAAAAUUGUUGUAUGUGUAGAUUGCAUAAGGUUGUCGACUCUCAUCAAUCAUAAGUUGAAGUACUUUUAAAGUAUCGUCCUGUUUUGAAUAAUGUAAAAUUUCUUUUUUUAAAAUAAUUUAAUUUAUUUUUUGCCAUACUCCGUUAAAAUAAAAGAUACUGUAGUAC